AUGGUGGAAGGAGGAGGAAGAGGAGGAAGAAGAAGAUCCUUUGAAGUCGCUCUCCUCUUACUUUCCCUCUUCCUCUGUUUCUCCGUCUCGUCUCCCCGCGCUCUCCCUGAUUCGGAUCUGUUAGACGAAACCGCCGGAAACUCCUCCGACGCAUCUCUCAACGCUUCUGCGCUUGUUAAACCCAAGGAAGGUAGCUUCGCCGACAUCAUCGAUCGCGCUCUCGAAAAGGAGUUCAACGAAAGCGACCAGAUUGAAGUGGCUGAUCCUGGAAGCUUUAACAACAGUGUAGCUGGACAACAGGCUGUUCUGGAAACUGUAGCAAGAGUAAAGUCAACAAAGAAGAAUGAGACUAAAGAGGACAAGCGGUUUCAACUCCAUGAUGUUUUCAACUUGGACAAUGAUAACAGAGCUGAGGACACUCCAACUCUUAUUGAUCGAAAGGACAAUGUCUUCAUCAUAUCCAAUUUCAAAUCCAAGUAUCCAGUAUUGCAGCUAGACUUGAGACUGAUAUCAGACCUGGUGGUUGUAAUCGUAUCUGCUACUUGCGGUGGUAUCGCCUUUGCUUGUGCUGGACAGCCGGUGAUAACUGGAUAUUUGCUAGCAGGAUCUAUCAUUGGGCCUGGAGGAUUUAACUUCAUCAGUGAGAUGGUCCAGGUUGAAACAGUUGCCCAGUUUGGUGUGGUAUUUCUGCUCUUCGCAUUGGGUCUAGAGUUCUCCACUGCUAAGCUUCGAGUUGUUAGAUCAGUUGCUGUUCUGGGAGGCCUUCUACAAAUUCUUCUUUUUAUGUUCUUGUGCGGAGUCACAGUGUCGUUAUGUGGUGGUAAACAUUCGGAAGGGGUAUUUGUAGGAGCAUUUUUGUCAAUGUCAUCAACUGCUGUGGUGCUGAAGUUUCUCAUGGAAAAAAAUUCAACUAAUUCUCUUCAUGGCCAAGUCACAAUUGGAACCCUUAUUCUUCAGGACUGUGCUGUGGGUUUGCUGUUUGCUUUGCUUCCAGUUCUUGGGGGAAAUUCUGGCAUUGUUGACGGAAUGUUGUCAAUGGCAAAAGUAGCGGUUAUUUUGCUUUCGUUUUUGGCUGUUUUGACAAUAUUAUCACGGACAUGUAUUCCUUGGUUGCUAAAGUUAAUGGUCAGCUUAUCGUCACAGACAAAUGAACUUUAUCAGUUAGCCACUGUUGCGUUUUGUCUACUUGUAGCCUGGUGUAGUGAUAAGCUGGGAUUAAGUCUUGAACUGGGCUCUUUUGCCGCGGGGGUCAUGAUAUCAACUACUGAUCUCGCUGAACAUACAUUGGAGCAAAUCGAACCCAUCCGUAAUUUGUUUGCUGCUCUUUUCCUAGCCAGCAUUGGGAUGUUGAUUAAUGUCCAUUUUCUGUGGACGCAUGUGGAUAUACUGUUAGCCUCGGUGAUAUUAGUAAUUAUCAUAAAGACAACUAUAGUCACAACAGUUGUCAAGGGAUUUGGAUACAACAACAAAACGGCCCUUCUGGUUGGAAUAUCUCUGGCUCAGAUAGGGGAAUUUGCCUUUGUGCUUCUUAGUCGUGCCUCAAAUCUUCACCUCAUCGAAGGGAAACUCUACUUGCUUCUUCUUGGGACAACCGCUCUUAGCCUGGUCACAACACCUCUUGUUUUCAAAGUGAUACCUGCAGUGGUGCACCUUGGAGUACUGUUGAGAUGGUUUGCUCCGGAGAGUUCCAUAGAGAAAGGAGAAGUUGUAAGAUCAGAAAGCGGUAAACAACGGAUGAUUCUUAUGUCACGCCAAUCCCACAGCUCCUAA